CUAUGUGGAUCAGUAUGGUCUGGAGUUAACAGAUCUUGCUGCCUCUGCUGGGAUAAACAGGCCCAGGUCUAUUAUAAUUUUAAACAGCCAUAUUGUAACUGGAUGUUUUCAUAAAGUCUAAACUGUAAACUGCAAGUUAUCACAACCUUGGACUGUUUUCAUCACCCCAAAGAAAAGUUCUGAGGAACAUAGUUCUGAACCCGGAGCGUCGCUCUGCCCCCACCUGCCCCCACCCCAGUCCUGGGCUGUGACCAGAGUACUGCCUCCAUGGUUGUCUAAUUUGCAUGCUGUAUAAACGGAAUCAAACAGUUUGUGACUAGCUUCUUUGGCCAGGGAUUUGUAAGGCUUGUUUGGGACUUGAGAGAAUUGCGUUCCUUUAAUGCUAAAAAAAUGCAUAACUGUUUAGAAACCUAUUGCAUAUUUUUAUUUUUCUGUUGAUCAAGACCUUCCUAUUUUCCAAAGCACUCCUCCAACCGCCUAUCAGUGUGAUUUUUCUUCGGGGCCUAUGGAACCCCAGGCAGACACAUCCAGCAGCCAGUCAGUGGAGAGCUGCACUUUGGAUCUACCGACAGCAUCCGACCUCAGAGGUCAUGAAGCAUCCCAGGGAGCCAGCAGCAAGUCUUUGAGUUCCCUGGAAUCCCAGUCUUUCCCUUGUUCUUUGACUGCUGAUCCAGAUAGCAGUUCUCUAAGCACUGAGCAAAAGGGCUCCUGGGACUCUGAGAACUUCCGGCUUGAUCCUUCUGUGAAAGGCCAGUUGGAGACCGGGGAAGAGGAGGAUGGACUUCGGAAAUCGCUGGACAGAUUCUAUGAAGCCUUUGCCCAUCCACUGCCAGGCUCUGGGGAUCAGCUCUCUGCACCUGUGUGUCAGUGCCUGUCUCAGACAAUCUCUGAACUCGAGGGCCAGGAGAGCCAAAAGUAUGCUCUCCGCAGUUUCCAGAUGGCCCGAGUUAUCUUCAACCGGGAUGGCUGCUCUGUCUUACAGCGGCAUUCCAGGGAAACCCACUUCUACCCUCUGGAGCAAGAAGACAGCUCGGUGGAAGACGAAGAGCCCACCCCAGGACUGUCAAGAGAGGUCAUUCAUUUCCUCUUGAAGCAGACCAUCAUGAAAGACUCAUAGCUGGUGCUUGUGUGAAAGUCGGCAAGGCUGGAGGGGCAAUGCUGUAACUUGGCACUCAGAGUCCCUGAGGGGGUCUCCUGGCAGCUUCCUGUUUCCAGCUAUUAGCUAUAAGCUUUGCAGAUAGAGGCUGACACCAGCAACCUGGUGAUGGAGCCAGUAAACCUAUAGAUGUACCAUCCUACCACUCACCUUGGCCAAGGCUGCUACUGAAUCAACUAGGGUUGAGUCCCGGCCCAGCUUCCUUGCCUCAGUCUGUGUUCCAGAGUGCUCUCCUGAGGUCCAGGCUAGGGCUGGGACUUCAGCAGGCAAUCACUUCCUCGCUUGGCUCAUCCCUCCUCCCACUCACCUCCUGUGCCUCUGGGGUCUUUUCUUAAUAAACCUUUAUAUCUGCACCAGUCUGCUCCUGGGAGAACAAGCCUCAGAGCACAGGCUUCUGGGAGAUGAGUGUUUUGAGGAUACACAUUUAUGUGCUGAAUCAAGGGUAACAAUUAUGCAGAGUUGUAAAUGGGGACAAGUGAUUGGCCUGAAGCAAUGUACAGACAUAAAAACACUUCCAUGUUAUGUCUUAAUCAUACCUUGGCUCCUCUCCAAAACCAGAAUUCCCUGUCUAUAUUGACAGUGGGGAAGGAACAUUUGGACCAUCCACAAAGCUAAAAUUCACAUACAAAGGGGCUUUUUCAUCUCCACUAGAUUGCAGGGUAGAAGAUGAGGAGACAGCGCUGGACCAUCCACUCAGGAUGUGGGAGCACGGGUCUGACAUGUAAGGGUGGCACUGUGUGACCUUGCUGAUUUGUGCUUAAACGGAAUAAGGAAUGCUUUACCAGGCAGCUUUUCCUUCUCCGUGUUACUUCUGCACUCCGUCCACCGCCAGCACCCUCUGUCAUCCUCUGAAGUGUUACCUCAUUCCUGCCCUGUUCUUACCUCCAGCACCCCGAGCUGCAGUGCACAUGCUUGCCCAGAGCAGGGCUCUGCUGUCACCUGUGCCUGUCCUCCAGGCAGGUGCACAGCCUGACGGGGAGCUCUGUAAAUAGCUAGUUCGGGCUUGCACUGGCAGAUGCUCCACUCUGCGGGUUGCGUCCUGAGCCCCAGUUUGAGAAUGACGUCAGCUGGCACCAGGAACUCUGAAACAGUAAUUGGAAGCCUCACAGAGUUCUUCAAGCAAAUUACAUCAGUAGAAAGGCUUAUUUCCCUCAUUUGGAGGAAUAGCAAAAGCUGGCAACACUGUGCAGUUAGAUUCUUUGAGAAACUCGAGGUGAAGUUUAAUUGGAAUGAGACUCCAAAGCUUUUUAGAAAGUGGAUUAUGCAAAUGGGGCAGCCAACAAGUACACACUAAAAGUCAGUACAUUGGAGAGUCUCUUGGGGACUCUUGAACGGAAGGAAACCUAAAAAGAAGUACUGGUGUGAGCAUGCUUCCGGUUUAGGGGUGGUCUGAGGUGAGAGACUUCUACAUAGAAAUGUCAAGGCACAUGUGGAGGGGGUUCCACACGGUAGGAAAUCACGUGAAUAGGACCUUGGUAGGUCCUCACAAAUGGGGCUCAGCUUUCCCUCUCACGGGCAUCAUCUAAUGCUCCCUCCUGUUCAACAGUCCUUCCAAUAAUCAUGAAACUGGUGCAAUUUCAAACCCAAACCUGCAGGUUAGAUGUGAAGGCUGAUUUUAUUGUUUUAACAUGAAACAUACCAGUCGCCACCCUUGAAGAAGGGUGAAAAUUAUCCAGCUGCAGGGAUACUCACAAUUCGUCUCCAUGGCUGUCAACGGAGGGAAUCUGGGUUAUUCUAUGCUUGUUUUUAAAGGACAGCAAAAAAGCUAUUUGAAUCUUUGUGUUGGGAAGUAGUGGCUUCUAUUUGGAAGGGAGAUUUUAAUAUCAGAGAAUUUCUGAGCUUCACUGAGAUCAGUACUGGAGGUGUUUGGUGAGAGGAAGCCCCUGACAGUGGAGAAUGUGGGAGAGUAAAAGCCAGGGUUGCCCUGGGGCAGCACCGAGUAUGGUGUGUGUUCGCUUAGAUCUGAGUAAGUGUUUGUGACAGGCCAGUACAAGACAUUUGAUUCCCUGUGGUCUUGCACCUUAAUUUGAUUUCUGUGAGGAUAGAGAGGCAUUUUCCAUUAUCUCUGGGAACCUUUAAUAAAGACUAAGGUAAGAAUACUGCAGCCCAGGCCUUUGGCAGUAUUCCUCAUUUCAGCACUGAGGGUAAGUUCAUGACAUCUUAUCAUCCCAUGAACAUUGUGAGGGGACUUACGAUAUCAUCUGUGAUGUUUUCCAGAACCACAGAGCUUUGUGAGGGUCACUUUGUUCCAGAAACAUCAAAUCCUGAAGAUGAGAACUGCUAGCUGAAUCUGAGGUUCAUGGCCUGUGCUCGGGUUAUUGGCCUGUGUCUCCAGAUGACUCAUGCUCAGGAUUGAAACCUGGGAACCCACAGUUGCUCAGCCUGCAUCCUCUACUGAGUUAUACCCAAGCCUCAAUGAUUUCUUUUAGGGAACAUGUGACUGAUUAUAUUAUCAGUAAAACAGUACAAAAACAGCAAUUCUUUUUAAACUUGUAAUUUUUUUUUAAUGUUGUAUUGGAUCACAGUUACACACAAAAGUGCAUACAUCCUAUAUGUGAAUUCUCAGUAAUUCUCACAGGCUGAACCCACCUGUACAACCAGAAUCUUCCUUGAGAUAUAAGAUUCGUCAGCCCAGGGGUGCCUGCUAAGGGAAGGAUUCCAUCUAUAGAGCUGCUGAGAGCAGUUGGUACUGACCAGUUUUCUCAGGGUGCUGGUAGCACACAAUCUGAAUAAACACAUAGACGAUGUUUCUUUUGUUGCUAACCUAUUCUGUUCAAUAUGCUAGGAAAAUACAAAUACUACAUGCAAUUCAUGGUUUUACAUAACUUUGGGUUAGUUUAAUAUAAGUACUUAAAAUGUAAAAGGCUGAUUUAAUAAAAAUUAAUCAUAGAAUAGGUGAUACCAGAUGCAUCAAAAGUUAAAAAUAUGGUGUACCCCCAAAUCACUGAAGUCCAAAAUACAGUAGAAUAGACUAUUCUAAGAGAGGGGUUGUGGGCAGCUACAGGGUGGAGUAGAAGAGUGCAGAAUACAUCCAUGUUUCAAGCUACCUGUGCCUCUCUAUGCCACAGUGAAAGUUGUUUUAAAAAGAAAAGCAUGCAUGAAUGGCCAGGCAAUUUAAAAGACAAGCCUUAUCAAAAAGGAAAACAUUUUCUGUCUAGUAAUUGAAGCAGUACCAAUGAAACAAUAGACACAUCAAAGAAAAGGGUUGAGUCCAUAACUAGGUAUAAGCAGUGUGGUGGUUUGGAAGAAAAUGGCCCCCAUAGGGAGUGGCACUAUUAGGAGGUGUGGCUUUGUUGGAGUUCGUGUGGUCUUGUUAGAGGAAGUAUGUCACUGUGGAGGCUGACUUUGAGGUCUCCUAUAUGCUCAAGCCACACCCAGUGAGACAGUCCACUUUCUGUUGCCUUCUGAUCAAGAUGUAGCCAGCACCAUGUCUGCCUAUAAGCCGCCAUGCUCCCUGCCAUGAUGAUAACGGACUGUAACUGAACUGUAAGCUGCCACCUCAAUUAAAUAUUUUCUUUAUUAGAGUUGUCGUGGUCAUGGUGUCUCUUCACAGCAGUAGAAACCCUAACUAAGAUAAGCAGAUAUGCAGAUUAAAUACAUGAUGAAGGUGGCAUUUCAAAUUAGGCAUGGCUGGGGAUGUAGCUUUGUGUAGACCACUUACAUAACAUGCAUAUGGUCCUAGGUUCAUCGUUGUUGGUUUUUUAGAUUUUUUGUGGGGCCCACAAUCCAGCUCCCAAAUAAAUCACACAUGGAGGCUUAUUAAUUAUAAAUGCCCAGCCUUAGCUUGGCUUGUUUCUUGCCAGCUUUCCUUAACUUACCAUCUGCCUUUUGUCUUUGGGCUUUUCCCAUUCUUACUUCUGUAAAUCUUACUCUUACUCCGUGGCUUGCUGUGUAGCUGGGUGGCUGGCCCCGAUGUCCUCCUCCAUCUCUGGCUACUUCUCCUCUCAGAUUUCUCCUUCUAUAUGUUCUCUCUGCCUGCCAGCCCCACCUAUCCUUUCUCCUGCCAUGCUAUUGGCCAUUCAGUUCUUCAUUAAACCAUCAGGUGUCUUAGACAGGCACAGUAACACGGCUUCACAGAGUUAAACAAAUGCAACAUAAACAAAAGUAACACACCUUAAAAUAAUAUUCUAUAACAGUUCAUCACCAACACAGGAAGAAGAAAAGAAAAUGUAAGACAAAGACAGCUGUCAGCAGUGGUUUUGGAAUGAUGGACUCCCUACUUUGGGAGAAGGAGAGUCAAAAUAAAAAGAUGAGUUCCCCAUCUUACUUCUUAUAUCAAAAUGUAUUCUAGAUGGGUUCAGGGUAAAAAAUCUAAAUCAUAAAAGUGUGAGAUAUAUAUAUAUAUAUAUAUAUAUAUAUAUAUAUAUAUAUAUAUAUAUAUAUAUAUAUAUGUAAGCCGAGAGAGAGAGAGAGAGAAGAGCAUACAUACACAUAUGGGGAGAGAGGGAUGUCUUGGAAUGGGGAAAUCUUUCUAAGAAUUGCUUUUAAAAAAGAAAACCCUAAAAAGCUCAAAGAAAUUUUGAUGAAAUUGUCUAAAAAAACAUACAUCUUCUGGCCAGGCAAGAAUGGCUCAACAGGUUGUAGAGGGUAGCUGUUCUAGCUAUGACCUUGAAGCACCACCCUUAGUGAGGCAGCAGGUAACUGUUACAUCUGCCUAUGACCUUGAAGUACAUGCCCCCGGGGCAUGGCUGCUUGGAGGGGGAGGGACCCUUAAGACCUAGGAUGCAGAUAUGCAGAGCUCUCUUUGCUCCCUUGUGGUUUGGAUGUUGGGACUGACCAGGCAGAUCUUGGACCAGGAAGAAGAUCAGUGUGGGACAUAGCUCGGCUUUCCCGGACCCUAUGGUAAAUGCUGUGCUAUAGUGAGUUGCCCCCUAAUAAAUUCCUUUGCUCAUUAAA